GACGAAAAUUUUCAUUCAAGGAUCUUGUUCUCAGGUGACUGCAGCGUUUUUCGUGUUUCCCAUGUGUCUGAAUAUAUAAUCCGAAAUUUUGCUCUUCAAAUCAGUUCAAGAUGCAAAAAUCGUCUGAAAUAUUGUUGUUAAUUGCGCUUAUAAUAGGGUUAUUUCUAUGUUUCGCCUCAGCUCUCCAGUUGGAAAGUCUUUCCACGAAAAAACCCCGAUUAACUAAAUAUACCUUAAAACCUACUGUAAGCUCUGGUACAGCGUUACCAUCUUCAUUAUCGUUAUACAGAUUGAAUGGGACAAGUGGUGCAACAUGCAUUUUAAUACAAACAGAUGGUCUUCUCAGUAUUCAAUAUCGUGAUAAAUACGGCGAGGAUAAGGAGGCGGAUACAUUUAUGCCAGAUCAAAUAGAUAUAUCAGGCGAUUGCUGGGAAGAUGAAUCAAAGAUAACGUUUGGAUGGAAAGGAUUUAUUCUAAACAUUUAUUUUUCGAAGACACCUGGAGGCGAAAGAUGGUACGUGAACAACGUUGAUCUAUCGUAUACAUCGUCUAAUAAAAUAUUUGAGCACAUCGAUCGUCCUGGAUUAGAUGUUAAGUUAUCUACUCCUCAAGGAACAUUGCUUUUCCCGACACCUGUUGGUAAAUCAUACACAUGUGGUCAGGAAGUGAUAAUAACGAUGUAUUCACAGGAUGAAAACGACAAGUCGGGUCAUUUAGCAAAGCUCUAUUUGCGUGAUCUUCGAAUGCAAAGUUUUAUGUAUAAAUCAUCCAAUAAUUGGGGACCAACAUUCCAAUGCAGCGCGACUGGAACGUAUCGUGACGAGACAGCGCCCAUUGCUGUGGGAUCUACACUAGCUAUUGCAACUGUGUGCACAGUGGUUGGCUAUGGUUUAUGGAGAUACUUCAAAGUUAAAAAGUUUCAGUACGGAACCAUGGCUUAAGAUGUCGUAAGUUUUGCCUAGUGAAACGUAGUUGUCAAAUGCGGCCAAAUUAGUUCUGAUCUUUCCCAUUGGAUAUCUUAUUCCUCUAACAACGCAUCAAAGUGGUGUGUAUUAAAUCUUGAUAACUGAGUGAUUAGGAUGUAAACCGCUGUAAUGAUAAUUCAAAAUCUUGAAAGGAGCAACAAUGCGAAAAAUAUGAAGUCUUCCAUUUUCUUUUUAAUGAUAUUAUAAGUGAAUAACAAUAUUGCUAUUAGGCUUAUGUUAAAAUAAGCAUGUAACAGUUACAAAUUAAUGUGCACAAGUGAAAACAUUUUACUUCAUGUUGUUUUUAGAAAAUAUUGUAAAUAAUAGAUUAUCAUGUCUACUUUGCUCUUUCCAGUUUUAUGUGUUGUGUAUUAUAAACACUGAAUUUAAAUAUUAUAAUAAUACAAUAGUAUGUCCAUUUAGACAAAACCAGUUACCAUUCAAUAAAAAGUUUCGGGCCAGUGAGAUAUUGCUAGCUGACUAUACAGCUUUGAAGGACGAAAGAACAAUAAAGGUUUAUGAAUUCCUCUCGUACCCAA